AUGUCUUCAACUCCCGUUUCCAUCUCGGCUGCCGCCUCUGCGAGCGCAAUCGGACAUGCCAGCAUUGCUGCCAAUAUCCUGGUUAUUGCCAGAGAUUCCGCAGCCGCUUCUGUGGCUUCUUCUGGUCUCAAUGGCUAUGGCAUUCCAUUCACCACCCUCUUGGUUCCAAAGACCGGCGUGACUCUUCCAGCGCUAAAUUCCAGCUCCGGAGGAAAUUUCGGGGGAAUUGUCAUUGCCUCCGAAGUCAGCUACGACUUUGGAACCGAGGGAUUCCAAAGCGCGCUGACCACCGACCAAUGGAACCAGCUGUAUGCUUACCAGCUUGAAUACGGUGUCCGCAUGGUGCAAUACGAUGUCUACCCCGGUCCUAACUAUGGAGCCACUGCAGUUGGCAACGGAUGCUGCAACACUGGCGUUGAGCAGCUGAUAUCUUUCACGGACACCAGCGCCUUCCCGUCGGCCGGUCUGAAGAUCGGCGCGGGCGUUAGCACUGAAGGGCUCUGGCAUUACCCGGCCACUAUCAGCAACACUACAACUACCAAGGCGAUUGCGAAGUUUGCUUCCAAUUCGGUUACCUCGACUGAUACUACAGCUGCGGUUAUCAACAACUUCGACGGGCGCGAGCAGAUGGCUUUCUUCAUUGGUGCUGACACCACAUGGAGCGCCACUUCCAACUACUUGCAGCACGCAUGGAUCACCUGGAUGACUCGUGGUCUUUACGCUGGAUACCGCCGGGUCAAUUUGAACACCCAGAUCGAUGACAUGUUCCUCGAAACCGAGAUCUACAAGCCCAAUGGAACAAAUUUCCGAAUCCGUGUUUCCGACAUGAAUGGAAUCUCGACUUGGGUCACCAGCAUCAAUGCCAAGAUGAAUGCCGGCAGCUCAUACUUUGUGGAAGUCGGCCACAACGGCAAUGGCAAUAUUGAAAAUGCCUCCAACACCGAUGCAGGUUACACGGCAUGCAAUGGAGGCGGCAUAGAGUACGACUCGCCUGCAGACACCGAGCUCGAGUGGAAGAAGCCUCUGGGCACUGGCACGAAUCUGUGGCCGGCAUCGCCAACUGCGUAUAACUGGACCGGCGCAUGCACGAAAAUGGACGACCUCUUGGUCUGGUGGACCACUGAAAGCAACCUCAACAGCUUCGGCCACAUCUCGCACACCUUCACGCACGAGGAACAGAACAACGCCACCUACGCGGAUGUCUACAAGGAGAUUAGCUUCAACCAGGCUUGGCUCAAGCAGGUUGGCAUCGACAAGGCCAAGUACUUCACCUCCAAUGGCAUCAUCCCGCCGGCUAUCACGGGUCUUCACAACGGAGACGCGCUGCGUGCCUGGUGGGAGAACGGGAUCAAGAACUGUGUGGGCGACAACACUCGCCCCGCUCUUCUGAACACCAAGAAUGCCAUGUGGCCGUACUUUACCACCACCGAUAGUGACGGCUUUGCGGGAAUGCAGGUCAACCCUCGGUGGGCGACACGUAUCUACUACAACUGCGACACCCCAGGCUGCACUCUGCAAGAGUGGAUCGACACUUCUGCUGGUAGCGGCACAUUCGAGGACCUGCUGGCGACCGAAAAGGCCGACACGAUGCGCCACCUCUUUAGUCUCGCGCACGAUCCCUACAUGUUCCACCAGGCCAAUCUGCGCAACGCCGACGUGGACCCGAUUACUAUCAACGGGGUGUCAGCCAAGUACUCUAUUUUCCAGGCCUGGGUCGAGACGCAGGUACAGGAGUUUGUGCGUCUGGCCGAGUGGCCCCUGGUUACCGUGACCCACGAGAAGAUGUCUGCUCAAUUCCUGGACCGUUAUACUCGAGAUGCUUGUGGUUAUUCUCUCAGCUAUACCACCAGCAACCAGAAAAUUACUGGUGUGACGGUCUCUGCAAAGGAUGCCAGCUGCGGCUCUCCCAUCCCUGUCACUUUCCCUGUUGCCCCGACUAAUACCCAGGGGCUCACUACCGAGCAGCUGGGGAAGGACCCCCUGACUGUGUGGGUGCAGCUUUCCGGGUCACCAGUGACAUUUACUCUGUCGACCCCGAUUGCACUGUAG